AUGGACUCCCUGCUGGCCGCUAUACUGCUCUCCCUCCUCGAGGGCUUCUUCCUCCAGCGCACGUACUUGGGUGAAUAUACCUUUCGUACAGUCACGCUGGGUGCAUUCGGCGUCAAUCUACUCUUACUAGCUAUCUGGAACCUCCUCAUCUACCCGUAUUUCAUCACGCCUCUCCGCCAUCUCCCUACUGUACCGGGCAACCUCAAUAAUGCUCGCAUCAUCUUCGACGACCCCCGCGGUCGUACCCCCCUGCACUGGAUGAAGACCAUCCCCAACGACGGCCUCAUCCACUUCCGCAACCUCCUCAAUACCAGCUUCCUGCUCGCCACCAACCACAAGGCCCUCCUCGACAUCAUGAGCACCAACACCUACGACUUUGAGAAGCCGCCGCGCGCGCGCGAGUUCCUCGCCCGCAUCAUCGGCUACGGCCUGAUCCUCUCCGAGGGCGCCGCGCACAAGCGCCAGCGCAAGGCGCUGCUGCCCUCGUUCAACUUCAAGAACAUCCGCGCCAUGUACGCGCUCAUGUGGGAGAAGACCGGGCUGCUGAUGGACGAGCUGGAGCGCGAGAUCGCCCUGCAUCCGAUGGACGGCACGCGGCCGGAAGACCGCGAGGGCAAGGUCGAAAUGAGCGUGUGGGCAAGCCGGCUCACGCUCGAUGUCAUCGGGCCCGUCGCCAUGGGACGGGAUUUCCGCUCGCUGCAGAACACCGAGAACAAGGUCGCCGACAGCUUCCUGGCGAUCCUCGAGCCGACCAAGGAGAAGAUGGCCUUCCUGGCGGUCAACUUUGUGCUGCCGCAGUGGCUGGCGCAGCGGCUGCCGUGGCGGCUCAACCGGGUCAUUGAGAACGAGACGACUUUCCUGCGCAACCUCUGCAAGGACAUCGUGCAGGAGAAGCGCGCCACCAUCGCCUCCACCAAGGCCACGGCCGAGCAGCUCGAGGCCGACAUCCUCGGCACGAUGAUGCUGGGCGGCGACUUUUCCGACGACGAGCUGGUCGAUCAGAUGUUGACUUUCCUCGCAGCUGGAGUAUGUCCACCCUCCUUUACCCCCUUUGAUCAUCUGUAUAUGCUAAUCAGUGCAGCACGAAACCACCGCUAG